AUGGUCGAAGAAUGCAGCGUGUUGCCAGCGAUCUCGGGUUACCGAUCGUCUCGGCGACUCACUGUCAAGGAAUGUGAACCCCAGGCACGCAAUAUCCUUAACAAUAUACCAGAGUUGCUGUGGACACCUUCAGGAGAUGAAAAGAGUGAAUGGGAAGAGCCCGUCGAAGUAGCAGACGAUGAUGAAAUGGCGAAUGCUGAAACAAAGUCAUGGAAACGUUUAUGGAAGACGCUCCGUAGCGAACAUUCAGCAUGUUUAUUUCCAGAGAUCCAAAAGCUUGUUUCAUCAGAAAUCAGUCGCAAGAAGAAGCUUGAGCGAUACGACCCAUUCAAAGGCAACAUGGUGGCAGUAUCGAGGAUGCCUCUGAAAAGGAAGGUGACCCAAGAUGACAAUGUAUUGACAGUCAUUGGCUUUGCUGCUGGUGAGAACGCGUCAAAACUAUGCACGUUCUUUGUCGACACGCAAAAGGAUAUCAAAUCGCAUGCAAGAGGGGAUACUGGUGGUCUUCCUGUUGGCCCUGUGAUAGCGAGCUGCACUUUGAAUCUUCGAUACCCGAUUCGGCAAAUUUGUAUCAUGCAUGGACACACCAAAGAUCGUGCACCUGACGCUGCGGCAAAGUAUCCAUUGAUUAUGGGUGUGCGUACUCAUUGCAGCACCGUUCUCGUACAUGUGCAAAUAUAUCACAACAACAACAAAGAGCAACACGCUGAACAGCCCACAGCCUACCACAUCAUCAUGGAGACGCUUCACGAACAUGUACCAGCCAAUUAUGGAACGCUCGAGUUCUCACCGGGAUUACCAACAGCCAUGUGUCUCAGCCCUUUCAACGAGUCCGAAUACGCAAUGAUAACAGAGAAUGGUUAUUUAUCAAUAUUUGAUGUUCGAAAGUCAAAGGAUGAUAACGACAGGUCCUUGGUUGCAGCAUAUCACUUGACUGAAAACACCGACUCGACAUGGCGUUCGAUAUCGUUUGUCAAUGAUUCCAGAAAAUUGCUGGUGGCUUCAUCACAAAAUGUGCAUCUGGUCAAUCUAAAGAUGGUACAAAGCCAUGUCUUGUAUAAAACGCCAAUCGAUGAUCGCAUCUACACCAUGUCAGUGCCUUGGGGUCGCAAUGAGUACCUGUAUUGGAUAUCGACUUCUCGAGACAUUCUCUUACUUGACAUCCGGGAGCCAAUGAUACCGAUCACGUGUCAGCCGCAUUAUAUGGAAUACUCGCCUCCAAUCUAUUCGCAAUUAGUUGCUGGGACUACGCAUGACUUCCUCUUUUUGUGGUCGAGCCUGUAUGAUCAUGUUAUAUGUGCCAAAUACCAACGAAGUCAUAACACAUUAACAAAUGAGGACCUGAGCUCUCCCACCUUGUCGAGUUUAUUUGAGGUGAUACAAUCAAUUCCGAUCGAGGAGGUACAUUCUUUCUACCAAGGCGAAGUGAAUGUCAUCCCAACCACUGGGUUUUAUGCCGUUUUUUCCUCAUCUUCCACCAUUGAUGAUGAUACUGGAGAAUCAAGGGAUGUUGAUACGUUCAUCUACUUUCGACUCUUGCAAGAUGGAAGUAUUCGGACCCUGGUUUUUUCUGAACAACAAGGCGAAUGGACUAAAUAUCAAAAAGUUGGAUGGAAAUUGGACAAUGAUGCAUUGCCUGCAGAUGUACGGCAUACGAACAGGCUGAUCUCUAUCAAAUCCACUGGUGACUUGGCUGGUGGUCUCCUCAAUGAAGUCGUGGAUGGUAUCCGAUCCAACAAGCAGCUAGCAUCAAGUAUCCCAUCCCUACGUACCCAAUUGGAGAAGAAUGCGUCUUCAACUAUACCCCUUACAUUUAAUGAACUGCUUAAUGAAGAAGGAUUGGAUGCAAGCGUUUGUGAACUACUUGACGAGAUGUCUUUGGAAGAGAAGCGUAUUGAAUGCACGAAUCGUCACAUACGGCAAAGCACGGUGCCAUCGAUAGGUGCUGAAUCAGAAAUGACAAGCGUUGGAAGAGUGAUCAAAUCAUCGCUGUUGACCUAUUUCCCUGAACCUGAUUUUGCAUCUGAAACGUCUUUACGCUAUAUCCAACCUGCCAACGACACGUUCAAGUUAACACCAACAACCAAGUACAUGGCGACUGAAUGGCAACCGGGAUUACCAGCCGAUGCACCUAUCGUAUUUGACUCUCAAGCAACCGAAUACAAUCCAAGAACCGCCAAAUUUUUGCCUUUCCACUACAAAGAACCUGAAAAGAACAUACCACCAUCACGAAGGAAACGACUUUCUUUCAGCACACCUGAUGAUGAUUCAAGCCAACCACCAUACAAAAAGCAUCAUAUCCCUUCGCAACCACAAGACACUUUUUCAUCUGACACUAUCGCAUCACCCGUUAAAGCCAUUGCCAGUCAACCUAUUCCUGGAGCCUUUGCUAAUCGGCAACCCAUCAAAAAGAAAAAGAAAGCACGGGCAAAGGGUUUCAAAUAG